UGUACAGCGGCGAUUCUUGACAGCAAAUGACAACCCAAGGCGCCGAGCUUGUAUAAUUACGGUACGUACUAUGCUUUCUUUAAUACCUACAACCAUCUUUAUAAGAAGAGGCUUACUAACUGAUAUAUCCUUUUUCCUUUCAUUCUUUCCUUCUUCGUACUGCAUUCAACUCGGAUGUGGUUUGAAGAAGGCUACUAGAAACUUAAGGAAUUUAUUCCUUUCCCAGGGUUGUCAUUCCAGUCAGUUCCAGCUCAUGUGGAUGGUGUUCCUGCAGAAGUCCUACCUGUACCAGGGCAAUGUUGUUCCUCCAAUCCCCGCCACCCGCUCAAACCGGAGUUAUCCUCGCCCUUUCCAUGUCCUGGAUCCCCCACCGGUUGUAGUCAGUGUCAUGUCAUGUAAGUCCAACUCCUUCCUUCACCUUUGCCUUGGGGAUUCCUGAAGCUGGGGUGUCCGGACUGGGGUGUUUGGCCAGCGGUGUGUGGUACGCCGCGAUGGAAAGUGUCAGCUUUCCAGGCUAGCCGAGUAAAAACUUCGGGGUGUUGUGAGAAUCCCGUCUUUGGCUUGAUCACAUCGUCUCGUGUGGUG